CAUAUCAAAUGGGCACGGAGCUUCUAUUCAAAUGACGAGCUUCCAACAGCGACGUUGACCGUCGUUUGCCGUAUACGUCGAAAAUGCAACCAAGCGACUCUACAAAAGUGAAUGAUUCCGGAGCGAAGGAGAAGAGUUGGGCUGACCGCAACAAGGCCUACCUGAAUGCACUCGCGGCCCAGAAAAAGCUUGCCGAGGACAAACAGGCGCUGCACCUGGAACAGGAGCAGAGGAAGAAGGCAAAGCUAAGGCGACAGGUGCUGGGGGCGUCCUUUGAUAGGCUUUACCCGCGCGCGUCGACACGCGGGGAAGGGGAAAGCGCCAGCGAUGGCGACACCGCAGGCGAUGGCGAAGCCGCGGGCAAGACCACGGGCAGCUGCACCUCAUCGCCGCUGCCUGGUGGCGGGCCAGUGGAUGAUCGGUGCGGCAGCCCGUCAACUGUGCCAAAGCUGCCUCCGCUAGCUGAGCAGCAGCCAGAGAGCGUCCUCAGCCUGGGCGCUGCAGCGGAGGCGAGUCGGCGGCCCAACCCGCUCACGCGCUCAGUGUCCCUCAAUUCAGGCGGCAUGGCGGGGUCUUUGGCCAGCUGGGGCGCCGGCAGCAGCGGAGGCGUUGGUGUGAGCGCCUCGGCGUCGGGGCAACGGGUCCUGGGGCCUGCUCGCCAGCGCCGCGCCACGUUGAGCAACCCCUCCGGCAUGAACCCGGUGCAAGAGGACGUGGCAGAGGCGGGGGACGCGGCGGAUGACGAGGGGCCAGACCAGGCGCUGGGAGCCGGCGGCACGCGGCGGAGGGAGCGGCGGGCGCCAGGCCGGACGCAGGCGUCGCCUGGUCGCCAGGCGGCGCCGCCGUUUCCGGGCGCGGGCGGUGCACUGUUGACCACGACGCGGUCGCCGAGCAAAGCGUACGGCGGCAGCGGCAGCAGCAGCAGCAGCAACUUCCCGGUCUCUCCAUCAGGCUUGGCGCAGUGGCGGCAGCGCAUGAAGGUGCCGGAGGGCCAGCGCGUGUUCUGCAUCUCGGGAACGGGGAACCACAGCCACGGUAUCCGUGCCGGCCUGGUGUCGCGUGGCUGGUUCGAGAACCCGGAGCACAACUCGCCCUUCUUCGACUACAAGUGGAGCUCCAACCCACUUGACAUCGCGCACGAGCAGCUGUGGCCGGGGCAGACCGUCAACCACUUCAAGAACGCGCAGUGCCUCACCACGAAACACGGGCUGUGCCACACCGUGCGGGAGAUGGUAUGGUGGGAGGCGGCGGAUGCGGCGGCCUUUUACCCCAGGGCGUAUGACAUCUCGGACGAAGCCGGUCGCCGGGAGUUCUUCCAGGACGUGCGGUGGACGGCCGCCGAGUCACUGAUAAAGCGAGCGCUGCUGGAUGGCGCGGUAACGUCCGAGCAUGUGCCCUACACAGGGCCACCCAAGAAGUCUGGUCACAGCAUCAGCAGCUCCAAACACGGGACGGGCGGUGGGCACGGCGGCAGCGGUGCCAGUGGUUGCGCCGCCGCGUCCAACGGCGGCGCGGCAGGCUCCGGGCACGCAGGCGCCGUGGAGGUGGAGGGGGCUGGUGCAACAGCCGGGGGUGGAGAGGGGGUGGACGCGGGGGAUGGUGGCAACCAGCCGAGCGGGCGGCUGCAGCAGCGGACCAGCUCGGAUCCCCUCGUGGACCUGCCAUCACUACGCCUGGCGUGCAGGGUCAUCGCUGCGCGGUUGCGGCAGCAGCGGCAUCUGCGGGUGGUCCAUGCAGCAGCGGCAGGCGGCGCAGGCAGCGGCGCGGGUGCCGGCGGCGGGACCGGCCCCAGCGACGGCGCUGCGCCGGCGGAGGUGGACCUCAGCCCAGCGCAGUGGCAGCAGCUGGUGCGGCACAGGGCGCUGUUUUGCAGUGCGCCGCUGAUACCGCCGCCGGACUUUGACCACAACUGGGUCAGCAGUCGCCGCUUCAUCACAAGCAUUCACCUGCCGAGGCCGGGGGCGUCGGGGGCGGGGUCGCGAAAAGCUCGGCGCGAUGGCAAGAGCCCGCGGCGCAAGCACGGCAAGUCACAAGGCCGGUCGCCGCGAGUGGACGCGGACGCGGAGGCCACGCAGCCGGCGGGCGGGAAAAAGGAGGGCGAGGUGGGUGCUGCGGGCGGUGAAGGGGAGCGGGGGCAGGAGGCACCUACCGCAGCAGCAGACGGCGGGGCGAGCGGCGCGCCAAGCCGCCGAGGCGGCGUGGACGGCGGUGUGGCCUCUUCCAGCUCGUCAUCAGAUGUGGAGGAUGGGGCCGAGGACCAGGGAGACGGCAAUGGCAACGCUCGGGGCCGGGGCCGGGGACGUGUGGUCGUGGCAGACGCGGCCGAGCUGCUGCGAGAGGUGGCAGCGGCAGGGAGGACGCGGCGCCGGAGGCACUCCGCGCCGGCAGCAGGCGGCGCCGGGUCUGAGGGCGGCGGGGUUGGGAGCGAUGGCGGCGACGCCUGUGCCGAGGAGGCGGUAGGGGGCGCCAGCGCCGGCAACAGCUCGGACGGCGGCAGCGGGAACGUUGUGGGUGGUGGUGCGGACGGCGGCGAGGGUGAUCCCCCCGACCCCAGCUGGCUGCCCACCGACCUGCCAGCCAUAUGCUACGACGAUGCAGCUCUGCAGGCCCUGGACCACGGCACCUGGCGCGAGGCGGCGGAGGCCAUCCUGGCGGCGCUAUCAACCAGUGUGGUGCAGACGCACAUCAGCGGCACCAACAACAUUUGGAUCGUCAAGCCGGCGGGCAAGAGCCGCGGCCGCGGCAUCCGGCUCUUCAACGACCCAGAGGCGCUGCUGCAAUACACACGUGGCGAGGAGGCGCAGGGUCUGGAGGCGCGCUGGGUGGCUCAGAAGUAUGUGGAGCGGCCGCUGAUCAUCUGGCACCGCAAGUUUGACAUCCGCCAGUGGGUGCUGGUGACGGAUUGGAACCCGCUGUGUGUGUGGUUCUACUCAACCUGCUACUUGCGCUUUGCGGCUAGCGACUACGACCCCAACAACCUGGACAUCUUCCAGCACCUCACCAACAACUCGGUGGCCAAGUAUUACGAGGGGCCGCUGAAGGAAGAUGAAAUCACGGCCAACGGCAACAUGUGGUCCAUCCCGCGCUUCCAGACCUGGCUGGAGGAGACCUACGGGCGGGCUGACUUGUGGCAGUGUCUGCUGCAGCCCGCCAUGAAGCACGUUGUCAUCUGCACACUAAAGUGCGCGCAGGACCUCAUCGCGGCGCGCAAGGGCUCCUGCCAGUUGUACGGAUACGACUUCCUCAUUGACGACCAGCUGCGAGUGUGGCUGCUGGAGAUCAACAGUUCGCCCACCCUGGAGUCGUCCACGCCCAUCACAACCGAGCUGUGCGCCGACGUGCAGGAAGACAUCCUGCGUGUCACGGUGGACCUGCCGGACCACCUCGCGGCCACCGCAGCCGCGGCAAAGCGCCGGGGCGCCGUGCCCUCAACCACAGCCGCUGCUGACGGUAACGGCGCUGGGUCAGGCGCGCCGGGGGCGCCGGGCCCUAGGCCUGCAGCGGGAUUUGACACGGGCAAGUGGGAGUGUAUCGUGGAUGGCGGCGAGGAAAUGAAACGACCCGACUACACCGGCCUCAACCUCGAGCUGAAGGGCACGGCCAUCCCGGUGCCGUCUCCAGCCCGCUCCGCGAGCACCUCCAGCUUUGUGGGCCGUCUUUACGCAGCCACCCGCCAGGGCCAGGCGCAGAACCUGGGCGAGAGGCAGCAGCAGGCGGCGGCGUCGCCGGGAAAAACAGAGCGCACCCUGCGUCAGGCCUCGCCUCCUGGCCAACCCUACCAGCCGCACCAAACCCACCAACAGCACCAGCAACAUCACCACAGCAGUGGCCACGGCCACGGCACCGAGGACGAUGUGGCGGGUGCGAGCGGUGCUGGCGGCCAGGCGGCGCUUACGAGCCCGGGCGGCGCUUACGCGGCCGCUGCGGCGGCGGCGGUGCGCGUCUACGCGGCCGGGGCGACCGGGCCUAUCCUGGGGCCGGCGGGAUUGCGCGCCAAGACCUCAUCACCCAUACGCAUGCGGACACCGCGGCUCAGCUCCACGAAUGCUGCGGCCUCUCCCGCAGCGCCGCCCGCAGCCGCACAUCCGCUGACGGCUUCGCAGCUGGCAGCCACGUGGGACGGUGCUGGUGGUGGUGCGGCCCUGGGUGCCGGCAACCUGCUUGCAUCGCUGCCGCCGCCGUCAGUGCUGCCGCCGGGCACGCCGCUGCGGCUGAUGACGCCGCAGGGUGACACGCUGGCAGCCGGGGCCGCUGCAGUGCUGGGAGCCAAUGGCGGGGUGGCGCCGGGGCCCGGCAUGGAGCCACUGAGCCCACUUGCUGCUCGUGCAUCUUUAUUCUCGCGCCCUGGCAUGCGGUAAAGGUUAUGUACUGGUAGUCGGGCUUGAAGCAUGCAUGGACGAGGAUAAGGCAUAACGACUAGCAUCCAGCAGGUGCGAAGCGGGCUUUCGGUUGGCACACAUGCCAAAGAGUUGUGAUUGUUAUCAUUAAAAGCAUCGUCGAUGCAUGGCUCCCUUAGAUUGCACUUCAAGGCUGGGGGCGUAGUGCGCAUCCAGCCGCGUUCCUCAUGAUGCAUACGUUUGGACAUUGCACCACACCAUGGAUGCGAAUUACACCAUGGGGGCAUGUCGCACCCGUGGAGGGCACUGUACUGAGAUGCGUAGGAUGCGUGGGCACUGUGCAAUUAAUAAUGAUCUGGAUGCUGUAGCUUUCAUAACUGCUGUACUGUAGUACUGUGUGUUACCUGAGCGUGCGGCGCCACAAGCCCACACGUGUGAUUGCGCUGGUAAGUGGCGACCAUCCAUCGUAAUCGUAAGUACUGACAGCAGGACGAGUGGAAGACCGAAGACGUACACGACAAGUCAACUGGCAUGCUGUCGGCUCACAACGUGUACAGGCCAGGGUUGUGCGUUUUUUGGUACGUAACGCUAUGAUGGCUGCCACAAAGCGGGGCAUGGAUGGACGCGACCGCGCUGAAGUUAUGUGUUCGCGGUGUCCAUGACCUUGGAACCCGCCUGACAAAGUGUUGCACGCGUGUCGUGUCGGGGCCUCGGCGUCGAAGGGUUGGCUCGAAGCUUGAAAGUAAGGCAUUUCGAGCUGCACAAAUCACACAACCACAUUUCGGCUUGCAAAGAGAAAGGAGGAAGAGCCGCAUGCAAGGAGACAAAUCGCG